AGAAUGUUUCUCCUGCUGACAGCACUUCAAGUCUUGGCUGUAGCCAUGGCACAGAGCCAGGAGGAUGAGAAUAAGAUAAUUGGUGGCUAUACGUGCAUCCGGAACUCCCAGCCAUGGCAGGCGGCCCUACUGGCAGGUCCCGGACGUCGCUUCCUUUGUGGAGGGGCCCUGCUGUCAAGCCAGUGGGCCAUCACCGCUGCUCACUGCGCUCGUCCGAUCCUGCGGGUAGCCCUGGGCAAGCACAACCUGAAGAAGUGGGAGGCCACUGAGCAGGUGCUGCGUGUGGCUCGCCAAGUGCCCCACCCCGGCUACAACUCCAGAACCCAUGACAACGACCUGAUGCUGCUACGGCUGGAGAAGCCUGCCCAACUGGGGAGGGCAGUGAAGCCCAUUGCCCUGGCCAAGUCUUGUGCCAGCCCUGGGACCCUCUGCCGUGUAUCAGGCUGGGGGACCACAUCCAGCCCAAUCGCCAGGUACCCCAGCUCCCUGCAGUGCGUGAACAUCAACAUCUCCUCGGACCAGGAGUGCCAGCGGGCCUAUUCUGGAGCCAUCACUGCUGGCAUGGUCUGUGCAGGGACUCCCCAGGGCGGGAAGGACUCUUGUCAGGGUGACUCCGGGGGACCCCUGGUAUGCAGAGGACAGCUCCAGGGCCUUGUGUCCUGGGGGAUGGAGCACUGUGCCCUGCCUGGCUACCCCGGGGUCUACACCAACCUGUGCAAGUACCAAAACUGGAUCUGGGAAACCAUGCAGGGUAAAUGA